CCUCCUCCGGCCGGGGAUUCGCUGCGCGGAGCGCGGGGGGGAGGCUCCCGGGGGCAGCGCGGAGGAGCGGGGAUGGCUCGGGCUGGCCGGCGCUGAGCCGCGCCAGGUGCGUUGCGCCGCCGGGAUCCCGGGGAAGCAAACACCCAACUUCAGCCCGGGCCGGGAUCCGUCUCCCGCAGCCCCCCCCCCCCCGCGGCAGGCGGGCGCUUUUCCCCCUCCACCCCAGCCGGCAUGGAGCCGCCAGCCGCCUGCCUUUGGCUCUCGGUGUUCAGCUGCCUCCUCGCCUGGGUGUCAAGCACACCUCCUGAGUGCACCAUCAUGCUGGCGAUUGAACUCGAGCGUGAGAAAUGCCUGGCAGACUCCAGCCUGGACAAUCAGACAGUAGGUUGUGGAAGGAUGUGGGACAACAUAACCUGCUGGCCCUCAGCAGCAGUGGGAGAGGUUGUGGUGAUGCCCUGUCCAAUAUAUUUUAUCUACUUCUCCACUUCUCUGGGUAAUGUGACCAGGAACUGCACAAGCCAAGGCUGGGCAGACAUGUAUCCUGCCCCCUAUGCAGCAGCUUGUGGGUACGAUACCAACAGCACUCCAGUAGAAGAGACGACGUUCUAUGGCACAGUGAAGACCGGUUACACCAUCGGACAUAGUUUAUCUCUCAUUGCUCUCACUGCAGCUAUGAUUAUUUUGUGCCUCUUCAGAAAACUGCACUGCACUCGAAAUUACAUCCACAUGCAUCUCUUCAUGUCUUUCAUCAUGAGAGCAAUUGCAGUUUUCAUAAAGGACUUCAUCCUCUUUGAGAGCGGCGAGUCUGACCACUGCUCUGCGAGCUCAGUGGGCUGCAAGGCCGCAAUGGUUUUCUUUCAGUACUGCAUCAUGGCCAACUUCUUCUGGCUGCUGGUGGAAGGCUUGUACCUGCACACCCUUCUGGUCAUCUCUUUCUUCUCAGAGAGGAAGUACUUCUGGUGGUAUAUCCUGAUUGGCUGGGGUGCUCCAUCAGUUUUCAUCACAGCCUGGACUGUCAUCAAGGUUCAUUAUGACAACAUUGGGUGUUGGGAGGACAUAGGCGAGUCCCAGUACUGGUUGAUCAUCAGAGCUCCUAUUGCGGUUUCUAUUUUGGUAAACUUCAUCCUCUUCAUUUGUAUUAUCCGGAUCCUAUUCCAGAAGCUGCAUUCCCCAGAUGUCGGGCGCAAUGAAACCAGCCAGUACUUGAGACUGGCUAAGUCCACCCUGCUGCUGAUCCCGCUCUUCGGCGUCCACUACAUCGUGUUCGCCUUCUUCCCCGACAACUUCAAAAUGGAGAUAAAGCUAGUCUUCGAGCUCGUGCUCGGCUCCUUCCAGGGCUUUGUGGGGGCCGUUUUAUACUGUUUCCUCAAUGGGGAGGUCCAAGCCGAGCUGAAGCGGAAGUGGCGCAGGUGGCACCUGGAGAGGUUCCUGGGCUCUGACAUGAAAUAUCACCACCCGUCCGUCGGGAGCAACGGCACCAACUUCAGCACUCAGAUCUCCAUGCUCACCAAGUGCUCGCCUAAGACUCGCAGGUGCUCCAGCUUCCAAGCAGACUUCUCUCUGGUCUGAGGGGGAGAAACGCUCCAGAACAGAACACUUGAGAGAGAGAGAGAGAGAGAGAGAGAGAGAGAGAAACCACCCUGGAAUUUGUUUAAAGCUGAAGAGUUGUUUUUAAACAAGACGCUCCCCAUGAGUUAAACAAAGAGCAUGAAACUGGAAAAGCCACUGACGCCCUGAACGACAAGAGACAAGUCAGGACGUAGAGAUCUUUUUUUCUUUUCCAGACCUUUAACUACAGGCUUGUCCCUAGGCGAUGGAGAAACUCACAAACCGACUAUUACACUUGUGCACGACUCCAGCUUGCCUGGGAAGGGCCUAGGAGAUUCUGAAAGGCUCGCAAAUAGGGGGUGGGGGAUAAUUAAUGGCUUCACCUGAGCCAGCUUCUC